AUGGCAAGAAUCAAUCGUAAAACCCCGAACUCUUUUAUAAUAUAUAGAAGAGAAAAACAGUUUUGGCUACGCCAAAACUUUCCAAGGUUGCCUCAGAGGGCAUUGUCUGGAAUAGUGUCCCAAAUGUGGAAACGAGAACCUCCCGCUAUCCGUGGGAAGUACGAGAGCAUGGCUCUCAGGCUCUCUAUUGAUAAUACAAACAGAAACGUAACCAAUCGCGUAGUUCCAAUGGACUACGAAACCGGGGUAACCCACUUUUUUGUUAUUGAAAAUGUAUCUAAUCAUGAGAGCCCUCCCAACGAUAAGGAAUCUGAUCCUUAUGACUUCGUAAACAGUAUUUUUGACUUUGACGCUUAA